UAAAUCGAAAAAAAUGUGCAUCUCUUUGCGUAAACAAGUGUUUUUCAAGUUCUAUCCCUGUUUAGAGAAUCAAUGGUGGUAUUGCGGUGUAUCCAAUUUUCGCUCAAUUUCAUGUGAACUCCACAUGCUUCCUGCUUGCCCUCUGCCUAAACCCACUCUCCCAUGUAAUCAACCACCUCAACCCACCCAAUCUUCCGCAGAUAACACCAAUUUUCACUCAAAACUUGCAUCUCCAGAGCAACAAUGGCGGUUCAUUCUCUCUCAAUAUUGCCUCUCCUACCAUCCCAUCCGAAAUUGAGCAACUUCUUUACCAACAAUUCCUUCUCCUCGCUUCGUUUUCUGCAGAAAACAAUCACAACUAGGCACAUUCGUAAUCUCUCCGUCACAUCCGCUAUGUCAGUUGACGCAUACGCCGUCGGUGAGGACUUGCCGGUGGACUACGCGGAUUGGCUUCCGAAAGCUGAACCUGGUGAUAGGAGAAGAGCGGGAGUGCUUCUUCACCCGACUUCCUUUCCUGGACCCUACGGCAUUGGAGACCUCGGUGAUCAGGCUUUUCAGUUCAUAGAUUGGCUUCAUGAAGCUGGUUGCUCACUUUGGCAGGUUCUCCCACUUGUUCCACCAGGCAGGAAGGCUAACGAGGAGGGAUCCCCAUACUCAGGCCAGGAUGCAAAUUGUGGUAACACACUCUUGAUAUCCCUCGAUGAGCUUGUUAAAGAUGGUUUGUUAAUGAAAGAAGAGCUUCCUGAACCACUGGACUCAGAUCGUGUAAAUUAUGAUACUGUUGCUUCCAUAAAGGAUCCUUUGAUAGCCAAGGCUGCAAAGAGACUCAUUUCAAGUGAGGGGCAUCUCAAAAGACAGCUUGAAAAUUUCCAAAAAGAUCCUGAUGUUGCAAGUUGGCUAGAAGAUGCAGCAUAUUUUGCAGCCAUUGAUGACACUUAUAACACAUAUAAUUGGUAUGAUUGGCCUGAACCUUUAAAGAAUCGCCAUCUUUCUGCAUUAGAAGACAUUUACCAAAGUAAAAAAGAUUUUAUCGACAUUUUUAUCGCACAACAGUUCUUAUUUCAAAGACAAUGGAAAAACAUUCGCCAUUAUGCACAAACGAAGGGAAUAAGCAUAAUGGGAGACAUGCCUAUUUAUGUUGGUUAUCACAGUGCUGAUGUUUGGGCUAACAAAAAAUACUUUUUGCUCAACAGGAAAGGGUUCCCGGUUUUGGUUAGUGGUGUUCCCCCUGAUGCAUUUAGUGAAACUGGUCAACUUUGGGACAGCCCGUUAUAUGACUGGAAAGCAAUGGAAGAAGAUAAAUUUUCAUGGUGGGUAAAUCGUUUACAACGUGCACAGGAUUUAUUUGAUGAGUUCAGAAUAGAUCACUUCAGGGGAUUUUCUGGCUUUUGGGCUGUUCCUUCUGAAGCAAAAAUUGCCACUUUGGGUAAAUGGAAGGUGGGACCAGGGAGUUCUUUAUUCGAUGCAAUUUUUAGAGCUGUUGGGAAGAUCAACAUCAUAGCAGAAGACUUGGGAGUAAUAACAGAGGAUGUAGUCCAGCUCAGAAAAUCAAUUGGUGCACCUGGGAUGGCUGUUCUUCAGUUUGGUUUUGGAAGUGAUUCAGCAAACCCUCAUUUGCCUCACAAUCAUGAGCAAAAUCAAGUUGUAUAUACUGGAACUCACGAUAAUGACACGAUACGAGGUUGGUGGGAUGCUUUGCAACAAGAAGAAAAAUGCAAUGUGCUUGAGUAUUUAUCAAUUUCUGUGGAUGAUGAUAUUUCAUGGGCUUUAAUCCGGGCUGCCUUGUCUUCAGUAGCCCAAACUUCAAUCAUUCCAAUGCAGGAUAUUCUCGGGUUGGGGAGUUCUGCUAGAAUGAAUAUUCCAGCAACACAGUCUGGAAAUUGGGGUUGGAGGAUACCAAAUUCUAUGAGUUUUUCAAGUAUGGAAACAGAAGCAAAGAAGCUAAGGGAUAUGCUUUUGAUGUACGGACGAUUAUGAUUACUUUUUUUAGGUUUGAUGUCUGCAAAGGGUUUAGUUUUGUUUUAUAAUUUUUUGGUUUUUCAGUUACACAACAAUAAAAAAUAACUACCAAAGACACAACAAGAAGUUAAAACAAAGAAAAAAAUCUCAUAA